AUGACUGUGAACGUUGCUAUCAUCUACUACUCCAUCUAUGGGCACGCCGUCACGCUGGCCGAAGCCGUCAAGGAGGGAGUCGAUUCCGUUCAAGGUGUUAAGGCUACCAUCUACCAGGUUCCGGAGACGCUUUCGGAGGAAAUACUUACCAAGAUGCACGCUCCACCCAAGAGGGACUACCCCGUCGCCACGCCACAGACUCUCAAGGAGGCUGACGGUAUUCUCUUCGGCUACCCCACCCGAUUCGGUGACUUCCCAGCCCAGGCCAAGAACCUCUUUGACGCAACCGGCCAACUUUGGGCCGCUGGAGACCUCAUCGGCAAGCCCGGAGGUUGCUUUGUCAGUACCUCACUCAUGGGAGCCGGCCAGGAGACCACGCAGCUAAUGACAAUGGCAUUCAUGACCUCGCACGGAAUGACGUUCGUUCCUCUUGGUUACCGUGCCAAACAGUUGUUCAAUGUAGACGAGGUGCAUGGCGGAUCUCCGUGGGGAGCUGGCACUAUCGCCGGCCCCGACAACUCGCGCCAGGUGUCGAAACUGGAGAAAGACAUUGCGAUGGAACAGGGCAAGUCGUUCGCUGAAGUCACGAAGAAACUAUCGUCUUAG